ACAGUGAAGUUGUUUCAAUCCAGAGGCUUCCCUUCGUCUUUACAGUAGAGCAGGAACAAAGCUUUUUUUCUAGACUUCAGUGAACUGACUAAUCAACGAUGAUAAGAAACAAGGUGGAACAUGUGGUUGGAACGGUUGUGGACUGUCAGAAUGGAAUCUCUAUGGAGCUCUUCCUUCAUGUUUCACUCGUACCGGCAGUGUUGAUUGUGGGGGUGCUCUCGUUCCUCCAGAAGAGAGCCCAGAGACUGGCUAUUGACCACAAAUUGCCCUUCCUGGGGAGACGUUUUGGUAUUGUGGUGCCUUUGGACACUAUUGGCAGCCUCAGUAAUCGUUGGUCCUAUGGGUUUGCAUUUGGUGCCGUGUCCUCCAGCGUCCUGCUGCUCUUCUCUGAAAGUUUCAUCCCCUUCACCGUCCCGGACUGGGCCAGAGCCAUAGUGUAUCUGGUUGGAGCGUUAGAGGUGGGCAUGGUCUACUUUCCUUUCUUUGCCUGUCUGUCCACACCUUUCAGAGGGGCCGGGGCAGUGCUGGGAAUACUCUACUCUCUGUCCUGGAUCAUCGUUACAGUCUGGGAUACAUUCACCUGUCCUGAUGGCAAGAUUCUUGGUAAAUACCAGAAGUUGAUUGUUCAGUGGCCCUGCAUCCUCUCCCUCAUCUUCCUCUUGGGACGAUAUCUCUACAUGCUGGUGAAAGCAGUUCGAAUACAUCUGCAAGGGGAACAGGAGGAUCCUGACGAGCUGAUAGGGCAACAUCAGGUGCAGCAUGUUAAGAGACUGCUGAGGAAAACACCUCCAGACAGUAAACCUGUCAGCUGGUUCUGGAGCAAGAUAUAUGAGUCGGACCCUUACUUCAAGUUCCCCAACAGGAUCAUCGGCACCGCUAUUAUCUCCCUAAUAGGCCUAUAUACGAUGACCCUGGCAGACUACAGUCUCAGUAAUGUGGCUUUUGACAAAGUAGAGAGUUGGAAGGAUACACUUAAACAGCUGGUUACGUAUUGUAACCAGACUGAAGCUCUGGGACCAAUGAUACCAGAGCUGGAGGAGUUCAUCUACGUGGCCAGGAAGUCCUGGCUAGCUACCACCAUCUUUGCUAGUCUCAACUCUGUAGCCUACUGCUUCCAUGUCUUGGCAUGUUACAGAAAACACUUGAAGAGGCUGUGGAAAGGGCAGAAGGGUUUUCUUCCUGAGAAGUUUCACAACCCUCGCUCUGCUGCCAGCGUAGCUUCCAUUGCAAGAUACUCUGGUUGGCAAAUAGCGUUUACAUUGUGGGGCUACCUGAUUGUCCACUUUGUCCACUUCCUGUUUGCUCUGGGGUUUGUCUAUGUGCUGGUUCUUCCUAUACAGCAUGGAAAAGGACUGAGCAUGCUCAAGAGCGUGGGGCUUAUAGUUCUGACCAUCAGUCUGGUCAUCGCCCUGGUGAUUCUCCAGAUCGUUCUGGUUCAGAUCUUCUUCCUUCAGGAAAAAAUGUCUCCUACUGAUAAAAACAAACCUCUGGCUCUCAAUAACCGGAAGGCGUUCCACUGCUUCAACUACUUCUUCUUUUUCUACAACGUGGUGAUGGGGAUCAGCAACUGCAUAUUGAGGUUGCUGUGCAGCAUUGUGGUGGGAACGUGGCUGGUGUCCCGCAUAGACCGGAGCAUUAUGCAGAGAGGAUAUGAAAACAUGGAUGCCGGCUACAGUACUUGGAUCGGGAUGAUCUUUGCUGACCACUAUCAUAACAAUCCAGUCAUGGUGUGUUUCUGCCAGCUGCUGGUCUCCAACUCGCUGGAGAAACACAAUGUGUCUGCAUACUCCACAUUCAACAACAUGCCCUCUGAAUUCCCUGUGAACAGCCGGGCUAGGAGGCGUUGGAUGUUGUUUUAUACCUUAUCAAGGAACCCUCAUCUGAUCCUGCUCAGGAAGCACCACCUCUCUUCAUCUUCAUCAUCAUCUCCCCACCCAGACACAGAGGUGCAGGCUCGCGUCAUGGCCUAUAAAACACAGAGCCACCUAGCAGAGUCAAAGUCCCCACCAGAGAUCAUAGUCACACCAGCACCAGACUGUUAAGGAAACAUUUCCCUAGAUUGUCAUCAUGUUAAAGAAAAUAUAUAUACAGUACCAGUGAAAAGUUUGGACACACCUUCUCAUUCAACUACUUUGAAGAAUGUAAAAUAUAAAACAUAUUCUGGUUUGUUGAGCAUUUGUUUGUUUACCACAUAAUUCCAUAUGUGUUCCUUCAUAGUUUGGAUGUCUUCAAUAUUAAUCUACAAUGUAGAAAACAAUAAAAAUAAAGAAAAACCAUUGAAUGUGAAGGUGUCCAAACUUUUGACUGGUACUGUAUAUAUCGGUUGUUAUCCAAAAAGUGGUUCUCCUAGUUGAGGAAGGAUUACUGUGGUGUAAAAUUGUCAAAUUAAGACACAUUUUUAUGUAAGUAAUUUACUCGUGUUGGAUGUGACUUAAAUAAAAUAUAAGAACCAUUGACAUUUAAACUACCUAUGUGCUGAACUACAGCUGGCCAUUUUCCCAUCUAAUAAUGUUUAUUUAAUUAAAAUAAUGUGAUUUACACAUUCCACGUUUGUGUUAUUAAAUGUAACUGCAUGUCAGUGUGAACAUAGCUGCUAUGUACAGCCAUUAGUCAUUUGGUGGCAAACUUCUGCUUUGUAUUUGUAACUUGUAAAUAUGGAAUUGCUGCACAAAUAAAUGCUUUAAAUUGGACAAAUAAAUAAAUAAUAGUAAAAGCUGA